AUGAUGGAAACUAGAGAAACCAAGCCUUCAGCUGGCGAUAUGGAGGGCUCUCGCCUUAUGAGACUCCCGUUUGAGACCAUCGAGGCUAUCUUCUCCCAUGUAGACCCAGAGGAUCUCGUCAACCUGUGUUUGGUUUCAAGGUCGGUUAGGGAACAUGCUGCGUCUCGACUCUAUCGAUCUCUCAACUGCGUCCUCCAGCCCAGAAGUGAUAUAGAGCAUAAGUGGCCUAUCGAUCGUCUUGCCAAGGAGCUGGAAACGUUGACGACAAGUGAUUUCAACUAUGCUGCCUAUAUCAAAUCGAUAUGUCUGGACACCGCACCGCUCACUGAUGAUAAUGACUAUCAGUUCCAAGAACAGAUAUCAGACCAGUUCAAAUACGAUACCCCCUGUGGGAAGUUUUUCAACAAUCUUCUUCUUGCAUCGAUCAAGAAGAUAUCCACUCUGGAGACAUUUCGAUGGAAUGCUCGUCUUGAACUCAACCCCACAGUCUUUGCAGUGCUAGGAAAGACCCCCAGCUUACAGCAUCUAUGUGUUCGAAUGCCUCCUGGAGUAGAGCCUAAUCAGAACAACGCUGCGCCAGCUCCCCCUCCACCAGGCCCUCCCGUCCCAAUUCUUCCCCUUCCAGUUCAGCUCAGCCAUCUUCAUGCGCACCCAGCGCCUCCAAUAGCGUCUAUCCUCAACCUACCGCACAAUCCCACUGCAUCUCGAGACAAAUUUAUGAGUCGCAAGUAUUGGGACUCAACUCAGACGUUCUCUCAUUUCUCCCGACUCAACACGCUGGAAGUCUUAGAGAUGGACAAUCUCGGAUAUAUCGACGAGAUCUCAAAAUGUAUAUCCCAGUCUUCUAGUACGCUGAAACACUUAAAACUGUCGUUUUCAGAACGGCUUGCUCUCUCGGCACGUAAGAAGAAGGACGACGAGGUCUCAGAAACCAGCAGCGUCCAAGAUGAAGACGAACUGUACCAGCCUCUCCCACCUCCACCCCCUCCGGGCCAGCCAGCUGCCUUCACUUCAUCCAGCUCCAAGAAUUCUGAGAUCCGCCGUGAACGUCUUGCACAGGAGCAGGUCCUUAGUCGUCUUUUCAGCCUAGACACAGACAAGAAUCUGAUGGCACAGAAGGAGUCAAACCAACUUGUUGAAAAUGCUCUCAGCAAUGUGGCUAAGGACCUCCAAGCUACAGAUGAUGCAGACGUAUCCUUCAUCAAUUACUUGAAAUCAGUUCUAGAGAAGCUUAACACAGAGAAACCAAAAUACCAAGCCGUGAUAACCGAAAUCGAAAAGGUUACAGGUCCUUAUCAGGACAUAACCUCUAGGAAGGAUUCAGGUGACAACUCACAGCCAGGAGAGCAAUCCAAUGCUCCAUCCGCAGCAGCUCCAAGUGGGAGCAACGACAAGAAUGCCGCGCCAGCUGAGGAUUCUCAGUCAGACCAAGAUAACAAGAAAGGCAAAGAUGAGCCAAAGUCAGAUACCCUUGAUCUCAGUGGGUCCGAAACCACGGAUCUAGAGAUACGUUUACAAAAUAUUGUAGACAUGGAGCAUCCUGAUGAUCUCAGUGAAGGGGAAGAUCAGGAAUUUGUUGAUGACAUUAUCGACAACGUGCCACUCACAAAUGGAAAUAUUUCCACUCUUAAACUAGAGCAGGCUGGCGGAUCAAAAGGCAAAGCGCCAGCGGAUAUGAUACCAAUCGACGAUGAUCUUAGCAUAAAUGAGCACGAUGUUAUUCACAACUAUGUUCGUCAGCACCAUGGCAUCGCGCUCGAAAGUCUUUCAAUCUAUUUAGUCCCAGUAAAAGCCUCUGUCCUUUGCCGAGGAAUUAACGUUUGGGCACUGAGGCACGUCUCCUUACUCAACGUUGGUCCGCAGAGGGCAUUCUGGGCGACGCUGGAAAAUCUAAAUAGAUUCAAUCACCUUCAGAUUGUCUCCGUUCAUACAGACAACGUAACUCGCCAGCUCCUUUCUUUCCUAAAUGCUUUAGCCCGCCUCGAGGAGCUGUUCUUGAUAGAGCGCAGUGCUCGCUCUAGAGUAGAGCCGUCUACUCCCAAAACCACUGUUACUGUUGAAGAAAUUCGGGACCUAGUGCUUACUAAACACAUGGGUACACUGAAGCGGCUGAUGAUAAGAAAUGAUAAUGAUUUAAGCUGGUCUCUAAAUCCAGCAUCUGUUAUCCUCAUGGCUAAACAUGGCCAUAAGCUGGUUGAGCUAGUAGCUCCCCUCGGCUCCCGAUGCUUUCACUUAUUGAUGCGACAUAUGAGCAACAUGGAAUCGCUUAGUGUAUUGCAUAUCCUCUUCUCCGACCCAGAUUACUGCAACAGUGUCUUAGAUGAGGUGCGAGAAUGUGCCAUUGAUAACUUUUCACACUACUGCUCUGUCAAGGAUGUGUACAUUGCCGUGAGCUAUGCUUCUAGUGGGCCUGUGCAGACACGCUGUGUAUUCAUGAAAUUCCGUAACAGGAGGGCCCUGAUACCCCAGGGAAGCCAGGCAACAAUCAACUCUAGCAACAACAAUAGAGUUGAAACCGAUGAGGAUCUUAUCAACCCCAAUCUGUCUACUGAUGUAAUUCUCUCUGAGGUUCUUCAGCACGAAGACGAACCGGGAGUCAAGGUUUGGAAGAAGGAAAAUUGGAAUCUUAUGCUUUGA